AUGGAUCAAACAUCACGUAUAGUCGAUUAUGUAUCGAUUGCGGUUGGAUUAUCUUUACUCGCCUUUUCCGCAUGGUACAUUUACAUGAGGAUGUCAUUGGUGGUUGAACAAUCUAAAAGGAGAUAUCUUGAGAAGUUUGAGUCAGAAGACGAGGAUCAAACGUCUUCGUCCGAAAGUGAUGACGGUGAAAAUGCCGAGUAUUUUGAGGAGACGGCGUCUGAAGCUGGCGAUCAGGAGAAGAUGCAGAUCUUUGUCAAGACCGACAACACCAUCACUCUUGAGGUGGAGUCAACCGACACCAUCGAGGCUGUCAAGGCUAAAAUUCAAAGUAAAGAAGGAAUUCCGUCUGAUCAGCAACGUUUGAUCUUCUCUGGCAAGCAGCUCCUGGAUGACCAUUCUCUUUCUUAUUACGAGGUUCAGAAGGAAUCCACCCUGCAUUUGGUUCUCCGUUUGCUAGGUGGUGGUAAGAAACGUAAGAAGAAGACCUACACCACACCGAAAAAAGUCAAGCACAAGAAACGAAAG